AUGCCAUUUUCCGCCUCAAUCUCAUCGCCUUCUUCUUCUUCUCUCUCGCUUCUCUCAAUCCAAACUCGAUCGCCUCUCUCCUUCUUCACUCCCAAAACCCUAAUCUUCACCAGAACCACGAUCCCUCAUCUUCCUUCUUCUUCCCUUCUUGCUUCCCGUAGACCCCGCGAUUUCAUCAACGGGAAGGAUGAUUUCGUCGAUGAUACACGGAACUGGAACCGGAAGAUCAAACCGGAAUAUGGAUUUGUCGAGAAUGUUUUUAGAAAGAUUUCAAAGAGAGCAAGGAAAGCCGUCCGAUCGAUUUUACCUGUUUCGAUCUCUACCAAGCUCGUGGGUUUCUCAGUGAAUGGAGUACUUAUUCUUGCAUUUUUGUGGAUCUUGAAAGCAUUCCUUGAGGUAGCUUGCACGCUUGGAACUAUUGUAUUUACGAGCAUUCUACUUAUACGUGGACUUUGGGCCGGUGUAGCAUACGUACAAGAGAGCCGCAACAAUAGGAUCAAUGAACUCGCUGAUGAUCCGCGUGCAUGGAACGGGGUGCAACCAGCUUCUUGA